UACAUUUAGCACUCUCCAAGACUUUCUAGGUUAUCUCUUCAGGAUUUCUCUCUUAGGAACGACAUGGAUAUAUAAGGUAUCUGAUAUUUGAUAAAAGCGAGAAGAAAAGUUCUAGUGUAAUCUAGUGCAGCGAUAAAAAACAAACCUAUUUCGACGACUGGAAAGAUGACAGAUACUUGGUGUUUGGAUAUUUUACCGUACGAGAUGUUGCUGUCAAUCUUCAAUUAUUGCAAUGCAUACGAUUUGAUGCUACUCAGCCAAGUAUGCAAGCGAUUUUACAAGAUUAUAUCAGAUACGGGUUGGAAUAAAAAGAGGAAAUCAUUUCUCGUUACGAAUCAAACGUCGGAAAUGUUUCGUAAAAGAUGUUUUACAUUGUUGCAACCACAUGCAGCAUGGCACAUAUCUCAGAACUGGCGUUAUGGAAUAUAUAAAAAAGAAGCUGUAUUCUCAUGGAAAAGAAGUAUGAUACCAUGGCUGAGAAUGACAGACAAUAUGCUUUGGUGGAUGUUUGGGGAUCUUUAUGGCUUCAAACGUCAUGAAAAAACAUUAAAUAAGUACCGAUCAAGAUACUAUACCACAGAAUCCUGUGGUCUUUACAUUAAUAAAUUCGUUAUUUGGAAAAACUUCAUCAUAUGUGGCUAUAUAGAUGGCACUAUAGUCUACUUUAUGGUGAAUUUCGAAGACGAUUUGCGUAUUGCAAAGAUGAUCGCGCAGAAGUCAGCUUCUGUAAAAUCUACUGUUAAUGCCAUAGAUGCCUCAUUGGAAAAUGUUAUUGCGGGUUUAGAUGAUGGUACAGUAAAGAUAUUUAGACAUCCAGAACUUUUGAAUGUAAGAACUUGGGAUCAAAUAUGCAAUAUGGAUAUAGACAAAAGAAUGCGCACUGGUGAUGACAAAAAGGGGGAGAUCUGUAUAAAUCUAAAGGAUAAAGUGCAAUCGCUUUCAAUUGAUCCUACUGGAGUAAAAUUUGCCGUUGGCUCGGCUGGAAUGAAUGAUGUUCCAUUACAUGUAAUCAAUGUCGAGCGUUACACAAUGAUCGAUACAAUGCAGCACGAGUGGAAAUACGGCGCUGGAAUAUUAGACAUGGUAUGGGAUGAUCCCAACACUUUACUCACUUGCGGCUAUGAUACAUACAUCAAAAAAUGGGACUUGAGAACUGGAAGAUGCGUUUGCUCAUGGGUGGAUCCAUGCGAUGCAACAUUAUAUUGUAUUGCAUCCGAUCAUCAAUAUACUAUGAUGACAGGGACACAGCAUAAUUGUUUAGCUAUUCUAUGGGAUCAGAGGAAAAGUGAUUUCGUUCAGAUGUAUUACGUAAAUUCGCAAGAAUCAUCUCGACGCAGCCCAAUCUAUUCUUUACAAUUUGAUAGUACACAUCUGUACUGCGCUACAGAUAAACGCAUGAUUGAAUUAAACUUUUCACGCCGUUCAAAUCAAAAGCAUGAUUACAAGUCGUUGUUUGUACAUGUAAAUAAUAGGUAGAUGCA